CGACGAGUCGAGGACGAGAUUCCCCCCGCCCCCACACACACCGCAGCACCGCGCGGGCCACGGCGAGGCGCCGCCUGCUCUCCUCUCGCCGGCGAUGGAGGAGGUCGGCGCGGACGUGCCUCUCCCGCGAGAGAAGCUCUCCUCUGGACCGGUCAGGGACGGAGGAGGCCGAGGUGGCGUCGUGCUCGUGGCCACCGGGAGCUUCAAUCCUCCCACCUACAUGCACCUGCGCAUGUUUGAGUUGGCAAAGGAUGAACUCGAGCAGCGAGGUUAUUCUGUGUUGGGCGGCUACAUGUCUCCGGUGAAUGAUGCAUAUAAGAAGAAGGACCUCUUACCAGCUGCUCAUCGAAUUCGCUUUUGUGAACUUGCGUGCAAAAGCUCAUCUUUCGUGAUGGUUGAUCCUUGGGAGGCAAUGCAGAAAGGUUAUCAGCGCACUUUGACCGUUCUUUCGAGAGUCCGGAACUCACUGUGCAAGGAUGGUGUAGCUGACCAAGGUAGCCUAAAGGUAAUGCUUUUAUGUGGUUCUGACUUGCUCGAGUCAUUCAGCACUCCAGGUGUUUGGAUCCCAGACCAGGUCAGAACCAUAUGCAAGGACUUUGGUGUGAUAUGUAUACGCCGAGAAGGAAAGGAUGUUGGAACAAUGAUAGCCAACAGUGAUAUAUUGCAAGAAUGCAGGGAUAACAUCAUUUCAGUCGAUGAGAUUGUGCCAAAUCAGAUCAGUUCAUCCAGAGUAAGAGACUGCAUAAGAAGAUGUCUAUCGAUAAAGUAUCUUACUAGUGAUGAAGUAAUUGAAUACAUUAGAGAACACAAGCUGUUUAUGGAAACUGAAGGCGUUGAUACAACGUUGUAAAAAUAGUGUUGUUUGGAGUUAAACUCUGUAAUCAACAUGUAUCGGCUGUGGACAUCUGCCUCUGGAUAGCAUCUAGAUCGUGCAUGCUGAGCAGUUACUUAACACAAACUCAGCGAAAUAAACGGUGCUGACCACUUAAAUCAUACUACUACAAUUUGGUUAAAUGUGGUUCUGGAGAUUGCAGUGAGUUGUAUUUUGAUUAAUUUUGCUCGAGUGCCAGAAUCAAGUGCUACAUACAACAUGCAAUUCUCACUCGCAGUUAUAUAAAAAAUGCUCACCUUUACUUAUUAA